AUGGGAAAGGAAAAGGUUCAUAUUAACAUCGUCGUCAUCGGACACGUCGACUCCGGAAAGUCCACCACCACUGGACACUUGAUCUACAAGUGCGGAGGUAUCGACAAACGUACCAUCGAAAAGUUCGAGAAAGAGGCUCAGGAGGUUAGUUUUGAAGCAAAUUUCAGUAUUCUCUAGCAACAUGUACUUUUUCAGAUGGGUAAGGGAUCUUUCAAGUACGCCUGGGUUCUCGACAAACUCAAGGCCGAACGUGAACGUGGUAUCACCAUCGAUAUUGCCCUCUGGAAAUUCGAAACCUCCAAAUACUACAUCACCAUUAUUGAUGCCCCUGGACAUCGUGAUUUCAUCAAGAACAUGAUCACAGGUAAAUUAAAUUGAAUUUUAGGCCCGAAUUAAAUUAAUAUGUUUUAGGAACAUCACAAGCCGAUUGCGCCGUCUUGGUCGUCGCUUGCGGUACCGGAGAAUUCGAAGCCGGAAUCUCCAAGAACGGACAAACCCGUGAACACGCUCUCCUUGCCCAAACUCUUGGAGUAAAACAACUCAUCGUUGCCUGCAACAAGAUGGACUCCACUGAGCCACCAUUCUCAGAGGCCCGUUUCACCGAAAUCACCAACGAAGUCUCCGGAUUCAUCAAGAAGAUCGGAUACAAUCCAAAGGCUGUUCCAUUCGUCCCAAUCUCAGGAUUCAACGGAGACAACAUGCUCGAGGUUUCCUCCAACAUGCCAUGGUUCAAGGGAUGGGCUGUUGAACGCAAAGAAGGAAAUGCCACAGGAAAGACCCUUCUUGAGGCUUUGGAUGCUAUCAUCCCACCACAACGCCCAACUGACCGACCACUCCGUCUCCCACUCCAAGACGUCUACAAGAUCGGAGGUAUCGGAACUGUCCCAGUCGGACGUGUUGAAACCGGAGUUAUCAAGCCAGGAAUGGUUGUUACCUUCGCCCCACAAAACGUCACCACUGAAGUCAAAUCCGUCGAAAUGCACCACGAAUCCCUCCCAGAAGCCGUUCCAGGAGACAACGUUGGUUUCAACGUCAAGAACGUUUCCGUCAAGGAUAUCCGUCGUGGUUCAGUCUGCUCUGACUCAAAACAAGAUCCAGCCAAGGAGGCCCGUACCUUCCACGCUCAAGUCAUCAUCAUGAACCACCCAGGACAAAUCGCCGCCGGAUACACUCCAGUUCUCGAUUGCCACACCGCUCACAUCGCCUGCAAAUUCAACGAACUUAAAGAAAAGGUAAUUUUUGAUAUUAAUCAUUUCUUUUAACAAUGUUUUUUUCCAGGUCGAUCGUCGUACCGGUAAAAAGGUCGAAGAUUUCCCAAAAUUCUUGAAAUCCGGAGAUGCUGGAAUUGUCGAGCUCAUCCCAACCAAGCCACUUUGCGUUGAAUCCUUCACCGACUACGCUCCACUCGGACGUUUCGCCGUUCGUGACAUGAGACAAACCGUCGCUGUCGGAGUCAUCAAGUCAGUCGAGAAAUCCGAUGGAACAUCAGGAAAGGUCACCAAGGCAGCCCAAAAGGCCGGAGCCGCUGCAGGAAAGAAGAAGUAA